AUGCAUCUGCCAGAAUCUGUGAGAGCUCGUAACGUUGUUUCACGAAAAGAAAAGAAAUCUCUAGAAUUUUGCGAUCCUGUAAGAGUAAAGAUGAGUGGUGAGGAAAAUUCUCCUGAAGAUUCAUCUGGUGAAUUUGCUGAUUAUAUUGAGCUUGUAGUAGAUGCAAAUGCAAGUUCAGCCGACUCAUUGUCAGAUAUGGAAGUUGAAAGCCAAGAUCAGUCAGAGAGUUUCAGGGGUCUACACUUCAGAAGCACCAAUAAGGAAGCAAAAAGGAAACUGAGGCGUCUACUUCAGAAGGAAGCAAGGGAAACUGAGGCGUCUACUUCAGAAGGAAGCAUGAUUCAAUCUGCACAUGCAUUGUCAUCCAUGGAGGUAGAUGGAUGUUUGCACCCUGGCUCAAUGGAAGGCAUAUGUAUAACUUGUGGGCAAAAUUUGCCUGGGAAAUAUGGUUUGACAGUUGGGUACAUGCAAAAGAUUUGGAUAGUUGUUCUUACCGCAUGUCGCUAUUUUCGAAUUCCUGGUUUAAUGGUUCUUAUCGAUCUUGACCAAAAAGGACUAAGACUUGAAGGCGACGAAAUGUCUAGAUUGAGCAGCAGAACCAUGAAGAGUUUAUUAAAUCAUAGAAAGCUUUGUUUGGUUCUGGACCUAGAUCACACACUGCUAAAUACCACUUCCCUUUUUUGGUUGACCUCAGAAGAAAUGGCUUUAAACACCAAUGCAGGUUCUCUACAAGAUGUCUCUAAAGGUAGCCUCUUCAUAUCGGAGAGUAUGAAUUUAAUGACCAAGUUGAGGCCCUUUGUCCGCACAUUUCUUAAAGAAGCAAGUGAAAUGUUUGAAAUGUACAUCUACACCAUGGGUGAUAGGCCGUAUGCAAUACAAAUGGCCAAGCUGCUUGAUCCUCAAGAGGAAUACUUCAAAGAUAAGAUAAUUUCUCGAGAUGAUGGGACUAAAAAGGACAAGAAGGAUCUGGAUAUUGUGAUGGGGACAGAAAAUGCUAUCCUCAUUCUUGAUGAUAAAGAAGAGGUAUGGCCGAAUCACAACGAUAAUCUGAUGUUGAUGGAGAGAUACCUCUUUUUCAAAUCAAGUUGUCAGGAAUUUGGAUACAAAUUCAAAUCACUUACUGAAUUGCAGAGUGAUGAAGAUGAAACAAAUGGAGCACUUUCCAAAAUACUCAAAGUGCUCAAACAAAUCCACUCCGCGUUCUUUGAUGAACUUCAAGGAGACCUUAUUGAUCGAGAUGUGAGGCAGGUUUUAUCAUCACUUAGAGGUGAAGUCUUAAGCGGAUGUGUGAUUGUUUUCAGCCAUAAUUUUCGUAGUGAUUUACGACCACUCAAGAACAUGGCAAGGCGGUUAGGAGCUACUUGUUACACAAAUCCUGACGCCACUGUGACACAUGUAGUUGCUACUGAAUUUGUAACUAAGGAAACCCGGUGGGCAACGCAACAUAAUAAGUUCUUGGUUAGUCGCCAUUGGUUAGAGGCUUCACAUAUCUUUUUUCAAAAGCAACCUGAGGAGAACUUCAUUCUUAGGCAAAGGCAGUAG